GUCAAAAUCUCAAAUUUUAUUUUAUUUUAUUUUAUUGAUUUCAAUCACCCUAUCAAUUGCAUAACAAUAGACAAUCACAACAACAACAACAGGUUGGAUACCGGCCCUUGCGUUCGCAACAAUUUGCCGUUACAUAAGGCCGUUUGUGAGGCAUUCGAAGACUGCGAACGGAGAAAAAAUGAGAAAAAUUUCGUUUUCUUGACAGUUUUCCGUAGAUAAUUAAACGGAGUCGCUAUAGCGAGCGAAAUGGAAAUGAAUGAAAAAAAGAAAGAAGGAAUUUUUCGCAUACAGCGGGAUAAUCACCAUCGUUACCGUGUCAUUGUCAUUGAAAUUGAUAUGGCUUCUCAUCGUUUCGCUCACUUCUAAGACCUCUGGAACCGAGAAAAAGUGAAAAAUGAUGUAAAAAAAUGAACAUUAAUCACAAAAAAACUCAAGAAAAAAUCUAAAGUGAAGUGAAAUAAAUAAAAUGCAAAGACAUUUGAGACACAAAAGUAUAAAUAUAGUGCACAGAGUCAAUAUAACGUAAGAAAAAAACAAACUUUUUCACAAUGAGCAACAAUAUGGACGAUGACAAUGACGACAAGGACGACACAAAACGAAAGUCUCGCAAUCUCAGCGAGAAGAAGCGUCGCGAUCAAUUCAACAUGCUCGUUAAUGAGCUCAGUUCCAUGGUGUCGGCGAACAAUCGAAAGAUGGACAAAUCUACAGUGCUCAAGUCAACAAUUUCCUUCCUCAAGAAUCAUAAUGAAAUUUCGGUGAGAUCGCGUGCUCAUGAGAUAAAAGAAGAUUGGAAGCCGUCAUUUUUGUCAAAUGAGGAGUUUACACAUUUGAUUCUCGAAGCGCUAGAUGGAUUUAUUAUGGUUUUCUCGUCGAGCGGGAAGGUUUUUUAUGCGUCGGAGGGAAUUACGUCGCUGUUGGGACAUUUGCCAAGUGACUUACUGAACAUGAGCAUCUACGACAUCGUCUACGAAGAGGACCAAACCACACUUUACAACAUUUUACUUAACCCCACGGCAGUUGUAGAGCCCUUACAAACCGGUAUUAACUGCGAAAAUCAAAUAAUUUUUUCGCUCCAUAUGAAACGCGGCACUUUCAAUGCGCAAGAAACUGUCAGUUAUGAGCCCGUGCAGUUCGUCGGUUACUUUCGAAUGGAAUCUGAGAUGGAUUCGAAUGCAACGCGCACGAAUUACGCCAACGAUCAGGAAGGUCGCGUGAUAUUUGUUGGCACGGGACGCCUCCAAACGCCACAAUUGAUCCGAGAAAUGUCAGUGCUGGACACUAAAAGUGAAUUUACGUCGCGCCACAGUCUGGAAUGGAAGUUUCUGUUCUUGGAUCAUCGAGCACCACCGAUUAUCGGCUAUUUGCCCUUCGAAGUUUUGGGUACCUCGGGUUACGAUUACUAUCAUUUCGAUGAUUUGGAUAAAGUUGUGACGUGUCAUGAAGCAUUGAUGCAAAAAGGCGAAGGAACGUCAUGCUUCUAUCGAUUUCUCACAAAAGGUCAACAAUGGAUCUGGUUGCAGACCCGAUUUUACAUCACGUACCAUCAAUGGAACUCGAAACCCGAAUUUGUGGUUUGCACGCAUCGCGUUGUCAGUCAUUCGGAUGUGCUGAAGCAUCAUCGGGGCAUCACAAUGUCGUCGGAGGAGAAGGAAAAUGAGGAUUUUGAUGCGAGCGGGAGCGAAAGGAAGCAUAAUGUAUCAGUGCCGGUCACUGGUCUGUCGCCAUGGAGCAAAAGUUCGAGGGCAUCGAAGUUUGUGUCGAAUUCGAGUUCGCCGAGACCGACGAAGCAGCAUCGGCAUUACAGGCAUAAUGUGGGAAAUACUUCAGAUUCGACGUCAAUUUCAGCGGAUUCGCCAAAUAGUCGGUAUUCGCAUGUUUCGUCGUUUAGUUCGAGGAGUCGUGCCCGACAUCACAACCAACCACUGAGGUCUUCAAGUUCCCAAAAUUACCAUCAUCACUCGAUGUCGUCGCAACAAAUGCAACAACCCCAAUCAUCGUACUACCAAAACCCAAUGGUUCCGAUGACGUCUCAGCUUCCGCAUCAUUCGCGCGACGCCCAAGCAACGCAUCAAAUGCUCGCCCCCACGACAUUCAUCGAAACAGCUCCCUUCGUGGCGGCAAUACCUGUUCAACCUGUGAUAGCAGCUCCCGCAACAUUCGGCCAUCCAACUGUCAUCCAACAAAUACCUCAUUCCUCGACGCAUCUCGACUACUUGCACGCCUCCAACGUCAUUUUGACGCCCGCACAAAACCAAAUCCAGGACCAGUUGCAACGAAAGCACGAAGAACUCCAGCAUCUCAUCCAACAGCAACAAGACGAGCUGCGACGCGUUUCGGAGCAACUAAUGAUCGCGCGUUACGGCGUCAUUCCCGUCGGCGUGCCAUAUUCGACAGCAAAUAGUCCGACAGUCGUCGAUAAUCGUUACAUGACGCCGAACCAACCGAAUUUGCUGCAACCGCAAUCGCUUCAGAUGAUGGGACAUUCGCCGACGAGCAACGCAAAUGCCGCGUAUCAACCGCUGACGCAUCAUCAACAACAUUCCGAACAGUCAAAUAGUUCGACAGACCUCCCACCAAAUGCCGCCUCGUCGCAAGAAUACAUCCAACUCGAACUAACUUCCGCUCCGAAUCCGCAAAUGAUGAUGUCAAAUGUCUCCGCGAACGUUGCGAUGCCCGGACAAAGCAGAAAUUCCGCCGACAUUUUGCAAUUUCAGAUGAACCAAGAACAGGCGCAGUCACUUUUCGACAACAGCGGAUCCGAGCGUUCGGUGAUAACGUCGGCAAGUCAUCAUCAAAACUAAAAAAAGAAAAAAAUAAUCAAAAAAAACGGCAUGUGUGACAUUGAACUGCUUAAUUUUUGAUUACUCAUUAAAAUUUGUUAAGAAAGAGUCACACGUUGACGGGGAGAGGUUAUCACGGCGCUCGUACCAUCACAAAACGAUCUUUGAACUUACUCUAGAGGCUUCUUUGUAUAUUUUUUAUGAGAAGAAAUUGAGGGAAGUUUAUUUUUU